AAUGGAUCGAUUAAGGAUCAAGUGCUGCUGUUCAGUAUUUUAUUAUAUGACCAAUUCUAACACGGUGAUCCAUCUGUUAUAGUUUUACAUGUUACUGGGGAAAAAAGUGAACAGUGUCCGCUGGAAAACAACUUGAGACGGACUGGCUAUAUGUUGUAAAGCUAGAAGGAUUUGGUUGAGGGGCAAAUAAAAUACAGUGUGUUAGUGUGAGUUAGGGGAAUAUGGAUGCGAAAGGAAAACUAAAGGUAAUGUUUCUUCCUUUUCCUGGUCAAGGACACUUGAUCCCAAUGGGUGAUAUGGCAAGAGCAUUCAGUGGAAGAGGGGUGAGGGCAACUAUAGUCACCACUCCACUCAACGUACCUGCUAUUCGGGGGACCAUAGGAAAAAGCUCAGAUUUAGACUCCGACUCGGAGAUAGAAAUUGUCAGCAUCAAAUUCCCUUGUGCAGAGGCUGGCUUACCUGAGGGAUGCGAAAAUACAGAGUCACUCCCCUCUCCAGACUUCAUACCCGCUUUCUUAAAGGCAACCACCAUGCUAGAGCCCCAAUUGGAACGCCUCCUUCUUCAACACUCACCACACUGCCUUAUUGCCAGUGCUUUCUUCCCCUGGGCAUCUCAUUAUGCAGCUACAUUCAAUAUCCCAAGGCUUGUAUUUUAUGGCACCGGUGUCUUCGCCUUGUGUGCUUCAGAAUGUCUGCGACUCUACCAGCCUCACAACAAUCUUUCUUCUGACUCUGAUCUAUUUGUUAUUCCUCAUCUUCCGGGAAACAUCCAAAUGACAAGGAUGAUGUUGCCCGAUUACGCUAAAACUGACGGGGAAACCAAACACGCAGAACUGUUGAAGGCGAUCAGGGAAUCGGAGGUCGCAAGCUUGGGGGUUAUUGUUAACAGCUUUUACGAACUGGAGCAGGUGUACGCUGAUUAUUACGAAAACCUGCAGGGACGGAGGGCGUGGUUCAUAGGUCCGCUUUCUCUGUGUAACCAACAGCAAGACAAAGGCAAGCGAGGGAAGGAAGCCUCGGUUGAUGAAGGUGACAUUUUGAAGUGGCUGGAUUCGAAGAAAGCCAACACAGUGGUGUACGUUUGUUUUGGUAGCAUGGCCAACUUCAGUGAAAGUCAGUUGAGAGAAAUAGCGAGGGGACUUGAGGCAUCGAGACAAGAAUUCAUAUGGGUUGUGAGGAGAAGUGACAAGGAAUGGCUUCCGGAGGGGUUUGAGAGAAGAACAGAAGGAAGAGGAAUGAUUAUUUGGGGAUGGGCACCUCAACUUCUG